AUGUCCGUGCUGUUCAUGGGUGCCCUCUUGUCCGUUGCGGCCGCGACGAUGAUUUCGUCAGGUGCACCAGUGUGCUCCUCGUGGCAGCUGCGGAUCGCGGAGGACAAUCCCAGGGGCUGGGAGGGGCACAUCUUUGAGAUCGAGCUCUUCAAUGGCGAUGACCUCAUCUCAGGACCUGGGAAGGGCACCGCAAGCUCCGACUGCAAGCACUGGGCGGGGUCCCCCGAGGGCGCCUUCGACGGUGACUUGUCCACGAAGUGGGUGACGUGUGGCGGCGCCGCGAAGGUUGGGAAAGGCAUCACCUACAAGCUGAAUCAGCCAAAUGCCGUGACCAAAGUCAAGACUCACCAGUGGGGCAGUGCGAACAACGCCAUCCCCAAAUUCGACCUCUACUGCUCCACGGACGAUGUGACCUUCGCCUACGUGUGGACUGCCGACCUUGGCGACGGUGUAAAUACCAAGGAGGCUGACUCCGAGAUGGCAGCUGCCACAGCAGAAGAGAUCAGUGGUUUCAAUAUCCCGACCACAACCACGACGACGUCUACCCUUGAUCCGGAGUUGGCAAGGAAGCCCCGGAUCUUCAUGACAAGCGAAAAGCACAGCAUGAAUCUUGGUGGCAUAGAGGGGGCAGAUGCCAUCUGCACCUCGGAGGCGAAGCAGCCUGCGAAGGCACUGUUGGUGGAUGAGUCCGGGUGUGGAGGUGAGCCGUGCAGACGGGCCUCCCUGGGCAUGUGGCCUCCAUCAGCCGGGAGGAUUGACUGGCCCCUCCUUCCAGAGACCAGCUACUACAACCUGGACUGGACGGAGGAGCUGGGGAAGACGGAUUGCCAUGGCUUUAUCUCCAGCCUCUCGAAUCCAGUGACCAGCGAAUGCACAAAUCAAGCCUCGGGGCUCGUUGGGGCCUUCAGCACUGGAGACACCUGCCAGAGCUUCACGAGUGCAGAGGCCUCCGACCAUCUUUCGGUCGGAUGGUCCUGCUCCCAAGAUGGGGCCGUCUUUGUGGGUGGCAGGAUGUCCUGUGGCGGGAAGUUCAAGUUCCUCUGCGCCACCACUCCGGAUCUUCCUCAAAGCGGCGGAUGCCCGGCUUUCCAAGUCAUGGAGCUCCAGAACUACCAGAAGUACAUCACGGGCUCGGGCCAUGUGGUGGUCUAUGCCGGGGAACGGGUGGCCUUGGUCCUACCAGACACGGCGCGGACCGCCUCCUUCAAUCCCGACAGCAACCAGGAGACCUCUGAAGCCAUGGAGCUGGUGGUCUCAAACUUACAAAAGAUGCUUUACAUCUACGAUGAUGUCGUGGGCAUGGUCCCCACGUACUUCACCGGCGAUGCUCGCCUUGAAGGCCGCAUUCCCAUGGAAGUGAACUUCAUAGAUGCUGCAGGACUCGCCAAGGCUGUGAAAGCCGGCUGCGCAGUUGGUCCGGCCUUUCUGCAAGGUAUGUUCGAAAAGGCGCUGGAGCGGAAAUCGGUGGUUGACCACAUCUUCUUCUAUGAAAACUUCCGCAACUACAUGUUCCCCCAUGUGUACACCAAAGUCCUGGACUACCACACCUACGAUGGGGAGUUGAGUUGGGGAUGGGUGAACCAGGGCAUCAUCAACAUCAUCGGAUGCCUGAUCUCCGAAGAUAUCACACCGCCAGUGGCCUUCUACUACUUUGGAAAGGAUCGUGGCGAGUUCAUGUCGAGCAUGGAGGCAAACUUGAUGACCUACGUCCAUGAUGAGCAGUACAACCAGGAGAACACCUUUAUGAGGGAGCGGCUGCCCUGGCGCCACAGUUCCAGUGUCGACAACCUCUACUCCGGUCUAUGGUCUUUCUUAUACCGGAAGUGUGGCGGCACAGAGUUCCUGAAAGGCUUCUUCCACUCUUUGCCGGAACUUUUGAGCAGGGCUCCGUCCUCGAAGCAGGACUACCUGACAGCCAUGGAGAACUUUUACAUCGCAGCAAGCAUCGGCGCUAAGCACGACCUCAGCGCCUUCUUCGAGGGUGACCUCCGCUGGCAGAUCGGGGCUGAUGCGCUUCAGUAUGUUCAGUCCAAAGGCCUUGCACCGAUGAGUCUUUCUGCCACCACCACGACAACGACUACGACCAUGCCCGCACCAGUGUGCUCCUCGUGGCAGCUGCGGAUCGCGGCGGACAAUCCCAGGGGCUGGGAGGCGCACAUCUUUGAGAUCGAGCUCUUCAAUGGCGAUGACCUCAUCUCAGGACCUGGGAAGGGCACCGCAAGCUCCGACUGCAAGCGCUGGGAUGGGUCCCCCGAGGGUGCCUUCGACGGUGACUUGUCCACGAAGUGGGUGACGUGUGGCGGCGCCGCGAAGGUUGGGAAAGGCAUCACCUACAAGCUGAAUCAGCCGAAUGCCGUGACCAAAGUCAAGACUCACCAGUGGGGCAGUGCGAACAACGCCAUCCCCAAAUUCGACCUCUACUGCUCCACGGACGAUGUUACUUUCGCCUACGUGUGGACUGCCGACCUUGGCGACGGUGUAAAUACCAAGGAGGCCACAGAAUGA